CUCACCGGCUUUCUCAGACGAGAGCGCUCUCUCAUCAUCUGUACCCUCUCUUCUCCGCCUCCAGCAUCAUGUCGCCCGAAAAUAUGCCGGGCUUUUCCGUUUCGUCCGAGCAGCAAUUGCAAAAAGUGACAUUAAUCCACCCUUCAUCCCAGACGUUAUGAGUCGCGUCCGAUGUCAUACCCUUCGAAUGCAGGGGCCUCCAGCAGACGGAAACCAUCGCUGCUAUCUGUAUAGCCCUAGAGACACUCGACCAAAUAUCGAUCCGCGGGGUGUCCUUUCAUUCUCCACUUCUCGCUGGCUAUUCCCGCUACUGCAGUCGUGUGUCUUCUGACCACAUUGUUUCUCAGGACAACCUCCCUCAUGUCGCACUGUCUCCUCUCUAUCUUUGGUUUCCCCUUCCCGUGAAGGGCGAUCACUGGACAGUCCAGUCCUCUUCCUCUCCCUCCGGUCACGUUGCCGUGCCUCGUUUCAGGGCUUGUAGUCGACCCAGGUUCUGGCUUGCAGGAAUGUCCGUGUAUGCAGAGCUUCUGCCGGACGAUCAUUUACUGUUCUAACCGGUUUCCUGCCCGGGUUCGCUUAGUCCAACCUAUCGUGGCCAGAUGAAAUGAGCCUCCGAGCUCCUCUUCAUACUGAUCGAAAGCUCCCUCACUCGAAUGACUUCUAUUUGGGAAUGUCAAAUAUGUCGCCUCCGAAGACGUAGCUUCACAUUCUCCUCAACCACCGUGGGUAUAUCGCUCGUCCUCCGCAAUGUAUAAAACUUCAAAUGCUCUGGUCUUCCAUGUCCUCUCAAGCCCAUCGCAGUCCGCAAACACAGUCAUCGACUGAACCUCUGACUGCUCUAUGGACAUGUUUCCUCCCGGUACUCGCGUCUCCUACCUGGCAGAGAACGGCGUCGUCAUGUACGGUACUGUCCAUGCGAUAGUAAGAGGAGAUGGCGGACAAUCCCUCGCACAAGUCCGUGUGGACGGCGACAACGGGCCACCACGAGAAGUCCCUGUCGCAUAUCUUCACCGAGUAUAAUGCUGUGAGCCUGCUACGGUCUCGCGCCACAAGGGUAAAAGUAUACACACGGAUUGCACAUACUAUAUAAUUCUCAUGGACACUAUCAUAUGGUGUAUGCUGACUCGCUGUAUAUUUACAUAGAUCAGUUGUAUAUUUUGGCCGCCGUUGGCAGCAGGGCUGGCAACGUCGGUUACUUAUAGCUUGCUAGAUGUUGCCGUCGUCAAUAAAUAUUAGAU